AUGCAGCCAACGAGGGUAUUGCUAAAGAGAUCCGUGUGGAAGGAGCGCGUCUCUGCAGGUCCGCACAUCGUCCCUCUCCCGAUCGUACGGGUUGAGCCAGGCAAGAAGAUGGCCCCUAUCAGGACGCAGGCCCGAUCCGCGACCAUCCUGCCCAACUUUGUCGGGCUCAAGUUCCAAGUCUACAACGGCAAGGUCUACCACGACGUGACCAUCACCGAGGAUAUGGUCGGCCACAAACUGGGCGAGUUCUCACCGUACGUUUCCAUAUCCUCCGCACAGAAGUGGUCUCUUCGAUACGACCAUGAGCUAACAUGUCUCGCCACAUUGCAGGACGAGAAAGAUCUUCGUCUGGUCGCGUGGUUAAAGGGAUGCGAGAGCUGGUCUGGGAGGAUGUACGAUACCAUACAACAAAACGACGGUCGUGUACCGAGACGAUGUCAUGUUAUAACCACUGUACAAACAUAG